GUUGCUGGAAUUUUUUCAACUUGUUUUCAGUUUUGUUUUUGAAACCGUUCCGUAACAAGUUCACGUCGCCCAACUACACAACCGGUCAAACUAAACGUAGUAUCGCAGUUUGUUUGCAUCGGCGCAUCGGAGGAUAGAAUUUAGAGACUCGUCGUUCAUCCGCCCGCCAGUUUGUCGCAUUCGUGCUCACGUCCACAAAACAACAACAACCAAACAACCAUCAUCGGUGGCCUCUGGUGGAUAAUGACGGUAUUCCAGGAAUACGUAGAAUAAUCGUUGACUAUGGUGUGUGUGUGUGCGUUUGCUUGUUGUGCAUUUGAAUUUCAUUAUAUUCAGAAAUGAAAUAAAAAAACAGAAAAUUAAUGAAUAAAUAAAUACCUAUAUGCAUAAGAAUAUUUUAUAAGUGCAUGCCUUACAUACAUCCAGUAAUAUUUUGUAUAGUAAACAAAAAAGUAAUUGGAGAAAAUCAAAGCAAUUAACGCCAAACAAAAAAGGUAUUUACUGUGGCAAAUAAUUGUUUGUGGCUAAUAUUUGUGCAACUGAAAGGGGAACUGCGGAAAAUCGGAUAAUGCAUCAGGAAAAAUAUUCAGAGCAAUAGAUACGCCUUUUUCAAUAAGUCUUCCCAAACAUCAUCGGUGACCAACUUCAAGCUAAAAAUAACGAAUUGAGAAAGAAAACAAGUUUAUUUUAGUCCACUUUUACACCUUCCAUUCGAAUGUUGGGACGGCUGAAUGACAGUGUUGUUGUGGGGCCAAGAUGAAUCCGUCUUUCAAAAACAGAACAAGUGAUGAAGCACUUGAUGAGCACUUGCAGCAAUUGAAAGCCAUUGUGGCCACCAGAAGGCACAACAACAAUAAGCUGCAGUCAAUGCGGGACACAUUUCCAGAAAUCGCAUCGAUGCCUCCACCACCACCACCUCCCAUAUUGGAAGCGAUGUCGACGCAACACCAACACCAACAUCACCACAUGAGCACAGUGGAGCCAAUGCGUAUGCGCAGCGACUCCUCGGCCACCAGCAUUUAUGUGAUGGGAAAUAUACCAAAUGCGCACGAUGCCUAUUCCAGUAAUCCACCUACCAUGGAUCGCAGCCAGGAACAUCGUUUGUCCUGGGUCAAUAUGAGACGAAGGGCCGAUGGCUCUGUAUCAGGAGUAGAGAGCAGUAGUAGACCACCUGUUACCCCAUCUCCGCAAACAACACGGAGCUAUGUGUCGAAUAUUACCACCACAGAAAUGAUGGGCUCCGCCGAUGGUCGCAGUGGAGUGGUUAGGGUUAAUGGCGAAGUCGGUGGAUCAGCUGGUGGCGGUGGCACUAUUAGUGGCCGCACCACCGCCACUUCCGGCCACAUGAGUUCAAGUGGUGUCACCACCAUCAGUGGCAGUAACAACACUCUCAACGAUAUCCAUUCCGAUUAUCACAGUCAGGAAGUGGGCGGCAGUCGAGAUUUUCACAAUUUCUCACGCAUAGCAACAUCGCCGAUAAAACAGCACAACUAUUCGGCCAAUGGCAGUUUUAAUUUGGCUAAUGGCAGCACGGUAAAGUUAAUAAAUGGUGGUGAUGACGAAACAAAUCAACAGACCAAAUGUUCAGUAUUUCGUGGAUUGGUACUGUGCCUUUGUUUAAACAUCACCUACGCCAAUGUUGUGCGUUUUCCAAGGGAAUUGGAUAAAUAUGGAUUGGCAUAUAUGAUUCCAUAUGUUUUGCUACUAUUUCUAGUCGGACUGCCUAUUGUAUUGCUGGAAAUAUCAGUGGGUCAGUUUUUAGGACAAGGAGCAGCACACACAUGGCGGGCAUCCCCAAUAUUCAAAGGCGCCUGCAUAAUUAGCCGUUUUUCAUCAUGGAUUUCGACGAUAUGGAUAUCGCUGCAAGCAGUAAUGGCCUUGGGAUAUAUUGGAAUGUUCUCCUUCAACACAGUGCCCUUUCGAGAAUGUGUGGGCAAUAUAAUUCGUCAAUCGGAUGGUUAUCGGCUAACCAAUAACAGUGCCCAAGAAUGUAUGCAGAAAACAUUUUUAACACCAUUUUGGGAAAAUCCAUUCUUCUUUGGCCUACUCUCUAUUGGUUUGAUUGCUAUAUGGCUGAUGGUGAUGUUAUGCACUCACAAUGGCCGUGUUUUGCGACGAGUGCUUUUCAUAUUUGGCCUUACCGGAUUUGCAUUACUGUGUUGCCUAACCGCCUGGGAAGUGCAUAAUACAUUGGAUCGGCCCGUUCCCUAUUUUCCUGAGUUGUGGGAUUUCGCCAAGGAGUAUUUAUUCGAAAGCCAUCUUUGGUUCAAUGCCUUAAUGCAAGUGAUCUUCUCUUUGAAUUGUGGAUUUGGGGUAUUGCCAAUGAUCACCGGGAAAUUUCUAUACAAAGGAGAUGCUGUUCGCACGUCGGCCGUCUAUCUUUGCUUCAAUUUGCUGAUCAAUGCCAUUUCCGUUACUCUCUUCAUGAUACAAUUUCAUCAUUCUGCCAAUGGAGGCUAUUUGAUAGAGGAAUUGAAGCCAUUGACUGCGAUAUACGAUCGCAUAUUGUAUGACACGCCGCCACAUACAUUGUGGAUCAAACUGCUGCCAUCUCUGAUCAAUGCUUUGGUGGUUAUAGCCUGUGCCGUUUCGAUUGUUGUGGGAGUUUACACCUGCACGAGACUGGUGCCGAGACAUCCCAAUUAUGUCAUUAGUCUGGUGGGGUUGGUUGGCUCCAUAAUAUCCCUGUCUUCGCCGAAUUUCUAUGUGGCCCGUUUACUGGACGCAAGGGUGGUGGGUACCAUGAUAAUCACUGCUUUGGUAUUUGAACUGAUAGCUUUAACAUGGAUAUAUGGAGUGAAAAAUAUCUACACCGAUUUGGAGUUCUCCAUUGGCCGUCCCAUAUUGAAGCUCUGGCUGGGACUUUGGUGUGUAUGCCCGGCCAUACUGACGGGUUUGCUGGUUUGGUGGUGUUCCGACGAUGAUCAGAAUGAUCUGUUGCCCCAUGUGAUGCCACGCUGGGCGCCCAUUAUUUUUGUGAUCUUUAUUAUUAUGAUCAUAGCUUGUGUGCAAAUAUUCCGCCAGGUGGAAUACAACUUCUUUGGCAUGAUUUGUGAGGCAUCCAAGUCGGCUAAGGAAUGGGGCCCAGCAGAUCCUCUGGCUCGCCAUGCAUGGAAACAAUGGCGUUCUGUGUGUCAGGAUACCGGUCAACGAGACUUCACCUUGAGAAGGCGGGGCACUCGGGACUACACACAUUCCAUUAAAAAGGGCCAAUAUUCCACAUCAGCCAAAUAUGCCAAUGGCCAGGUGGGCAGCAAUCAACAACAGCAUUGGAAAUCUUCAACGCCGGGCAAUAGCUCGCCGAACUACAGUGGUUCGGUUUUCGGGGACUCUGCCAUAGAGGAGGACAUCAGUGUGGAUAAGUUUCCGGGAAUCACGCAACAAUUUGUGCCAUUUCAUAACAGCGAACCCAACAAACCCAUAAAGUAUUCACACAAAGCCCGCAGUCAGUCGCAAGCACCGCCGCCCCCCUCGCAGCAGCAGCAACAACAACAGCGAAUUAACAUAAAUGGCCAGCACAUGAAUCACAACCAGCGACAGCAGCUGAGUCACCUGGGCAAUCAGGUGGAAUUGCGUAGCUCAAAUCCAGAUACACCCAAGCACCGAGAAAUUGUCUAUAUUAGACGAAUGUCCUCCGAAGAGGGAACCCAUGCCACACGCAUUGAAAUUACCCCCUCCAAUGAGUCAAUAUCAUAUGCAACUGCGCGCAACCCUGCUGCCCGAUCGAGCAGCUCCCACGAUAAUGGAGCAGUAAAUCAUGCCAGACGCAAUUCGAACUCCAGCAAAAUGGAGAACAGUCGCAAUGCAGGCCCCACAUCAAAGCUACCGCCUUCAAUCAACGAUGACAAUGGUGAUCACAUAUGUUGGCGCAAAUUCUCCAUGAAUCCUCAAGAAUAUUCAACAGAAUUGUGAUUUUCUCACGCUCACGCUCCCUCUCUCUCGCGCUUCCUCUCACUCUUCCACCAAAUAGUCUAUGUGAUUCGAUAAGAAAAUCUUACAAUUCCAUCGAAUCUUGAAUGGGGUAUCUGAGUAUGAAAUCUCUUUCAUCGGAAUCGAGUACGAGCAGAGAUCCAUCAACCAGAGGAUGAGGAUGGAAGAAGGCAAUUUUCCAUACCGUAUGUGAACUGUACGACAACAGUGCCUUGUAUAUCAAAAUCAAAGAUGAUAAAGACUUUCUCCUUCCCUCUAACAGUCCCACAAAGAUAUCCGAAUAUCAUUUUAGCUCUAAGGCAAUUAAUGCAUAAAUCGCAACGAGUCGUUUUUAAGUCGUCAAUAUAAAUUCUAGUGUUCGGUUUAAUUAUAGUCUAUGUAAGUGCGUGUGUUGUUGUAUAUAGAUAGUCCUAGAUAAUAUGUAUGUAUGUAUGUAUGCUAAUCCAAUGAAUUGCAUUGUCCUCCGAAUGAAUGCUUUAGCUCCACAAGGGGAUGAGAAAACAUUUUAUUAUUAUUUAUUAUUAUUAUUAUCACUUUUUUCUCUCAAAACAGAAAAACCGAAAAUUCGUUAUUAAGCAUUUACUAUGAUUUUAAUUAGUCCAUUAUUUUCUUAAAUAUUUAAUGAAACCAAAUUGAAACAAUUUUGUAUGUGUUAUAAACAAAACUAUCACAGUUUACUUUUUGUAUCUCUCAUAUUAAUGAUUAUUGUAAUGUACAUAAUUGAAUGAUAUUAUGUUCGAAACCAAAAUGCGUUUUUAUUUUAGAAUUCACAUACAAAUGUAUCCAUAUACAAUACAAACCAAUUUUUAGUGAUUAUUCAAUACAUACACAAUAGAAGUGAUCUUUUGUAG